AUGUCCGCCCUCGCACCGACGCAUUGUCUUACCAAUCGUAUUCCUGUGGAAAUUCUCACAGAGAUAUUCCUACACGUCUGUGAGGCGCAUACUCCUUCUCACCAGCCAAAAUCUUUGCAAGAGCCCAUCCCUCUAUACAUCCGACCCAUCGACUUAUCCCACGUCUGCCGUCUUUGGCGCGAUGUCGCACUCGCCUGUGCCCGCCUUUGGACGUGUCUCCUUGUCGCAGACAGGCACGAACACGAUUUGGAGCGCUUCGACGUGUUUGUAGAGCGCUCAAAGCAGUUACCACUGCACAUGUUCAUUUCGUGGACUCCCACAGAAGAUGACCGACUAGAUCUUGAAGCUGUUGAUUGGAUGCGUUUCUCCCAGAUCCGCGAUGUUUUUGUGCAUGAGACUCUGGAAAAGAUCAUCUCUUCUGGCCAUCGAUGGGCGUCGUUCUUCCUCUUCGUCGAAACUGCAGGGGUGAUGUCCUGCAUUCUGAAGAGACUUUCUAUAGUCGAGGUUCCUUUGUUGAGAGAUGUAACUCUCUGCACAACGUUCUACAGAGGUGUAGAUGCCUGGCUGAAUGAGGAGGCCAUGGAAGCCAACCACGAGAGAUGGGUGGAAUGUUUUCCCUUUCCUUCAUCCGACCUGCGGACCUUGUAUCUCGACCAGACGGUGCCGAAUUCCCUCGACCGUACGCCUUACUACCCGAAUCUCCAGUCCUUCACGCUUGACCAUGUCAUCGGGCCCUCCAUCCCUAACUUCAUGCGUUUUUUGGACACCUUUCCCCUCCUCGAAGCCCUCACCCUACGGACCUUUCAAUCUGAGACCGUAUAUGGCGGUUUCAUCCCGCCUCCCAAUGGCCCUCUCGUCGAGUUGCCUCUGUUACGCUAUUUUUGCAUCAGCGGCCUCCACCCAGAAGAUGGUGAAGCAUUGUUUUCCCACCUACGCAUUCCGAACGUCAAAAUCAUGGACCUUGACUGCAGAAAAAGAGACAAUCUCCAAUGGGAUACUGCCCUCUCCCUGCUCUUCGCCGCCUAUCCCGAUUCGUCGACGUCGGCACUUGGUUCAGUCCAAGUACUCCGAAUAGGUCGAUUGGAGUGCGACUCUUCACUUCUCUCGUCCUUCUUCCAACGGUUGGCCAACCUCCGAGUCCUCGUUGUCGAUUGCUUAAGUGAUGGAUGGGAGGGUUUUUUGGUCCAUGUGCAGACCACACCGCACCUUCCUCUUCUCACGACGCUCGUAUGUCCUGGGAUUUCCCAUGAACAGUUGCAUGACCUCGUCGUAGAGAGAACGAUGUCUGAUGUCCCCAUCCAACGCGUACUCGUCACGCAGGAUACGAGGUUUUCGAGCAGUGUUGUUGUUUCAACUCCAAGGACUGUGGAGGUUUUGUGGGAGCUCCCGUCUUCAGAGGAAGGCCAAAUCGAUGCUUCGUUGGGUGACUUGCUAGCGGCGUAUCUUAGAGUGGAGGAAUAG